AUGUGGUGGUUAAGAUCUGUCAGCAGCAGUUCAGCGACCAGAAAACUGACACUUCAAAGGAAUGUCUCGACCUCUACAAUCGAUAUGUCAACCUGGACCUAGUCGGAAACCCAAAACUGCUCAACGCCAAUGCACCGACCGGUUGUUUUACGAUGCGCAAUUUACGAGGCACUGACUUUUGCGCAAGUUGUGCUCUGGCUGGAUCGGCGCUUGUCGAUCUCAAAUUUUACACCGGCAUCACAUACAACCUUGCGUCCCGCACGUUCAGAAACGGAUGUGGCUCGGAGACGUGGCCGAAUUCACAACACGUUUCUAGGCGAUGCUGUUUCCAGGGAUCGAAAAUCGCACAGCUCACGUAUAUUAUCACUAUCGAGAAAAGUGAAUUCGAGACCUACGACACCUACGUUGUUGAUGACAACGUCGGGCUGCUAUGCAUGGACGACGCAGUGGAAAGCCGCGUGCCCACUUGUGAAAAUGUACCCGAUUAC